AUGGCGGCGUUUCGUGAGCUCCUCAUGGAGAUGCCGGUUGUGACGCGCGGCAUCACUGUGGCAGCCACCAUGACAACUGCGGCUGUGCACCUUAAGUUUGUGUCGGAGUUUGACCUGUACUACAACGUCCACCAAGUGUUCCAGGGCGAGGUUUGGCGCCUCGUCACCACAUUCCUGUACUUUGGCACCUUCAGCAUCGACUGGUGCCUGCACAUGUACUUUGUGUACCGGUACUGUCGCAUGCUUGAGGAAGGCAGCUUUCGCGGGCGCUCUUCAGACCUCUUCUUCAUGCUCCUUCUUGGCGCCAUUGCCCUACUGUUGAUCACACCGCUCCUCCCCAUCUCUGAGCCGUUCCUUGGAUUCUCGCUCACGUGCGCGCUCACAUACGUCUGGGCCAAGCGGAAUCCACACGUGCAAAUGGCCUUUCUUGGCCUCUUCAUCUUCAGGGCGCCGCUGCUGCCGUGGGUGCUGCUUGGUCUUGGGUUCUUCCUCGGCCACAAUCCAAUCAGCGACCUGCUUGGCAUCUUCAUUGGGCACGUGUACUACUUCCUGGAGGACGUGUAUGCGAAACCGCGAGAGGAUGGUGGUCUUGGCGGUCCGCGUGUCAUCAACACCCCGCACUUCAUGCGCGUGCUGAUUGACGGGGAGGAGGAGGCGGUUGAGGUUGGCCCUGUGCGCGGGAACGACGCAGGCGGCUUCAACUGGGGUGGCGCCGCUGUUGUCGACAACAACAACAACAACAACAACAACAACAACAACAACGACAACAACGAUGAUGAUGAUGAUGGUGGUCAUGGUAUUGCCAACAACGGUGGUGCUGGUGGUCUGCGGAGGAGGGCAGCAGGUGCAGCUGGUGGUGGCAAUGCACCGUGGUGGCAGAACGCAGGUGGUGACGACGAUGAUGACGAGGAGUGAUGAAUAACAAAGAGAGAGAGAGAGAGACAGAGAGAGAUAGAGAGAGAGAGAGGGGGGGGCGUGAGAUGGCGUGAGCACACGCGAGUAAGCGAAAGGG